AUGUUAGUUACUAUGCAUUUAAUAAAUAAUCUGGGCCAUUUUCCUUUGAUAAGCGGAGGAGCAAAUCUUGGUUCCAUUGUUGUUGAACAGGAUGACGUACUGGGCUUAGAAGCAGAUCAACUGUCUUCACAACUUUUUACAGCACCUAAUAUUCAGGUAUUUGUUACAAGCUUACAACAAGUUGUUUCAUUGGUGGAAGUACCAGCAUUAGAUGUUCCUGGAAGUGGAGCUGCUGAUGGUCUAAUUUCUGCACCUUCACAAGUCCGAGUAAUAAUUAGAGACUUGGGAGGUCUCCGGCAUGAGAGUCGAACAUCUUACCCUUCAGCCAUACCAUCUGUUGUUCCUAAAAUUACUUACCUUCUAUCUUAUGGAUAUCAGAGAGACGAGAGUAUUGGCGAUUAUUAA